AUGGUCCCCUUCCAUUGUCUUGUCUUUUAUGGUCCCUUGCAUUUUUUUUGUCUCAUCACCCCUCUUGUCUCAUUUUUUCUGGUCCCCCUUGCAUUGUCUCAUUUUAUGGUCUCUUUCUUGUCUCAUUUUAUGGUCUCCUUGCCUUGUCUCAUUUUUAUUGUCCCCCCUUGCAUUGUCUCAUUUUUAUGGUCCCCCCUGCAUUGUCUCAUUUUAUGGUCCCCCCUUCUCAUUUUCUCAUUUUGUCUCAUUUUAGGGUCCCCUUGCAUUGUCUCAUUUAUAUGGUCCCCUUGCAUUUUUCAUUUUUAUUGUCUCCCCCCCCCUUGUCAUUGUCUCAUUUUUAUGGUCCCCCUUCUCAUUUUAUGGACUCCUUGCCUUGACUCAUUUUUAUGGUCCCCUUGCAUUGUCUCAUUUUUAUGGUCCCCUUUUGUCUCAUUUUCUCCUUCAUUUUAUGGUCCCCUUGUCUUAUGGUCCCCUUGCAUUGUCUCAUUUUAUGGUCCCCCUUUUUAUUGUCUCAUUUUUUUAUUGUCCCCCUUUCUUGGUCUCAUGGAUGGUCCUUGCAUUGUCUCAUUUUUAUCUCAUUUAUGGUCCCCUUGCCUUGUCUCAUUUUUAUGGUCCCCUCAUUUCUCAUUUUUAUGGUCCCCCCCUUGUCUCAUUUUUUCUGGUCCCCUUGCCUUCUCAUUUUCCUGGUCCCCUUUGUCUUUUUAUUUUGACUUGUCUCAUUUUUAUGGUCCCCCCUCAUGCCCCCUUGAUUGUCUCAUUUUUAUGGUCCCCUUGACUUGUCUCAUUUUAUGGUCCCCCUUGACUCGUCUCUUUUUAUGGUCUCCUUGCCUUGUCUCAUUUUUAUGGUCCUCCUUGCAUUAUCUCAUUUUUAUGGUCCCCUUGCAUUGUCUCAUUUUUAUGGUCUCCUUGCAUUGUCUCAUUUUUAUGGUCCCCCUUGCAUUGUCUCAUUUUUUUAUGUCCCCUUGCAUUUUCCCAUUGUCUCAUUUUAUGGUCCCCCUUGCAUUAUCUCAUUUUUAUGGUCCCCCUUUUUUAUGGUCCCCUUGCAUUGUCUCAUUUUAUGGUCCCCUUGCCUUGUCUCAUUUUUAUGGUCCCCCUUGCAUUGUCUCAUUUUUAUGGUCCCCUUGCCUUGUCUCAUUUUAUGGUCUCCUUGUCUCAUUUUAUGGUCUCCUUGCAUUGUCAUUUUAUGGUCCCCUUUAUGGUCCUUCUCAUUUUUAUGGUCCCCUUCCAUUGUCUCAUUUUAUGGUCCCCCUUGAUUGUUGUUUUCUGAGAUCCCCCUUGCCUUGUCUCAUUUUUAUGGUCUCCUUGCAUUGUCUCAUUUUUAUGGUCCCCCAUUGCAUUGACUCAUUUCUAUGGUCUCCUUGCAUUGUCUCAUUUUAUGGUCCCCUGCCUUGUCUCAUUUUUAUGGUCCCCUUGCAUUGUCUCAUUUUUAUUUGCAUUUUCUCAUUUUAUGGUCCCCUUGCAUUGUCUCAUUUUUAUCCCCCCCUUGGUCUCAUUUAUUAUUGUCCAUUGUCUCAUUUUUUAUGGGUCCCCUUUGCAUUGUCUUGUUUAUGGUCUCCUUGA